CAAAAUGUCGCUUUUAAAAAGAAAAAUUCCAAAGUUAUUUCUUUAUGCAAGAAAAAAUUCGAAAUUUUAAUUAUCACGUAAAAUCAUAAAAGAAUCUCAAAGGAAAGCGACAAUUUUGGAAAAUUCAACGAUAAGCUUUAUAAUUUUUCUACUUAUGAGUGGAUGUGUGAAGAGUAGGGAAAAAGUACGAAAGGAAAAUAUGAGUGAGGAGAAGAGGAAGCAACACUUCGUGCUAGUACAUGGUGCGUGCCACGGCGCAUGGUGCUGGUACAAGGUUAAGCCUCUUCUCGAGGCUUUGGGCCAUCGUGUAACCGCCUUAGACCUAGCUGCUUCCGGUAUAGACACAACCAGGUCAAUCACUGACAUUUCUACAUGUGAACAAUAUUCUGAGCCAUUGAUGCAGCUAAUGACUUCAUUGCCGAAUGAUGAGAAGGUUGUACUCGUUGGUCAUAGCUUUGGAGGUUUGAGUUUAGCCUUAGCCAUGGAUAAGUUUCCCGAUAAAAUCUCUGUCUCUGUCUUCGUGACUGCAUUCAUGCCCGACACCAAACACUCACCAUCGUUCGUCGAGGAAAAGUUUGCAAGCAGCAUGACACCAGAAGGAUGGAUGGGCUCUGAGCUCGAGACAUAUGGUUCAGAUAAUUCCGGCUUGUCUGUGUUCUUCAGCACCGACUUCAUGAAGCACCGUCUCUACCAACUUUCUCCUGUGGAGGAUCUUGAGCUUGGAUUGCUUCUAAAGAGGCCUAGUUCAUUGUUUAUUAAUGAAUUAUCGAAGAUGGAGAACUUUUCUGAGAAAGGGUAUGGAUCUGUUCCUCGAGCUUACAUUGUGUGCAAAGAGGACAACAUUAUCUCGGAAGACCAUCAACGAUGGAUGAUCCAUAAUUAUCCGGCGAAUUUAGUGAUUGAGAUGGAAGAGACUGAUCAUAUGCCAAUGUUUUGCAAACCUCAACUACUAAGUGACCAUCUAUUGGCAAUCGCUGACAAUUUCUGUUAAAUAAUAUUUUGAUGAAAAUGUAUUUGGAGUGGAUACAAUCAAACGUGUUCUAAAAUGGAUCUUCAUAAAGGUUCAAACUUAUUUCUUAGUUCUUACUAUGGUUGAAAUGAGAAACCUAAGUCAAUCUAGUGUUUGUUUAGAAGGACUAGAAACAGUCAAUAUACAAAGAGUGUGGGGGAAAGUAAUCCUCGAGAUAUAUAACUUUACGUUGAACUAAGAUGUUGAAAGCAAAGAAGAAAGAAAACAAUGGAGAAAAAUAACAAGGAACGGUUUGUGCUCGUACAUGGGCUGUGCCACGGGGAGUGGUGUUGGUACAAUGUGAAGAUGCAUUUGGAGGCUAUAGGUCACUGUGUGACCGCGGUGGAUCUAGCUGCAUCAGGUAUAAAUAUGACUAGAGUUGAAGAGAUUCAGACUCUUAAAGAUUACUGCUAACCUUUGCUUAAGUUUCUGAGCUCUUUUGUGUAAGUGCGGAUGAUGUAAUAAUAAAGAGUAUAAAGUAAACGAG